AUGCUCCACGAAGUCCUGCUGGCCUUAUCCGGCCACCCAUCUCCCCUCUUCGCGGAGCAACCAUCCACAUCUGGAGCGCCGCCCAGCGAAGACUUCCCUCUGCUCUCUCCAUCAGAGCGGGCUCUCUUACGAUCAAUUGGCAGACUAUCUCAGCUACACCGAAGACUGAAGCGACACCUUCGAAACGUAUCUUCAAAGCAUACAUCUAUAAUUUGCAAGGCGGUAGCAGCGUCAAUCCUCCAGACGCACUUGGAUCGGUUCCAGCAACGUAUUCUCGACGUCGAGAGCAAGAUCCUGAAGCGAGAUGCAAGCCUGGUAGGAGCCUAUGAAAUUGUGCCUUUGGCUGCCGUCGUGGGGGAGUUCGAUGAUUGGCAUCGCCGCAUGGCCUGGUACUGGGAAGUGGCCUGCUUCAUGUUGACUCCCAAGGACUUCCACCGCAGCGCAACAACACCGACAUCGGAAUGCACGAGUGCUCUGUUGAUUGACAAGUUGCGAGCUGAAGCUCGGACUGGAUAUCCCGAGAUCGAAGAGGCUGCGACUGAGCUAUCGAGGGUAGCAGAGACUGCUUGGCUCAGACAAUUGUCGUCCUGGAUCAUAUACGGAAAACUUCCAUCUUUGAAAGGGCACGACUUCUUCAUCCACACCGAGAAGGACCAUACAUUCAAGAAGCAGACCAAUCUUCUACCCGACUUUGUCAACCCGGCCACUGCCUCCUCGAUCCUGUUCAUUGGAAAGUCGUUGAAUCAAGCUCAAAAUCUUCUGCGUACGAACCACGAACUCACAGCACUGUCAGAAAAGAAGGGCACCAUAGCAAGCGAUCACUUGCGGAUGCUCUCCUCGCUAUCUCUGCCCAUCAUUCCGUCUCAGCUAUCCAGGACCGUGGCCGCGAUGCGCUUGUCUCUGUCACAAAAUGUACUGCAGCAUCUUCUGCCGAUGAAGGUGACCUUGAAGAAUCUCUCCUGCUUGAGGCAGUAUCUGCUUCUUGCCCACGGCGAGUUCGCCGCUGGCCUUAUCACAGAGGCUGAGGCAAAGCUACAGUCUCGACAGCAAAGCAUGGGGUCACUGUUACAGCAAGAACCGGCGAAAGCUUUGCAGGGGCUGAGCAUUAAAGAUACCGAACUCAACCAAAGCUUACAGCAAGUCUGGAGGUCGUUGGCGGCAGAAGAUAAAGAAGUGGCCGACGAGCUGCUGGAACAUGCGCAGAUCCACGUCUCUCUAGCAGCUCCAAAGGCGAAUGCUUCUCGCCCAUCGACAUCUGAUGGAUCAUAUGCUUCAGCCCAAGAGAUGGCACCUACACCAUUCAACGACUUGCUCUUCCCUUCGGCCACGGAGCUCGGCAUGACAGUCACCUCGCCACUAGACCUCUUUCUUUCCUCGCACGACAUCUCGAUCUACUCAAAGAUCAGUUCUUACCUCCUUGCGAUUCGACGCGGCCAUCACAGACUUAGUGAGCUGUGGCGCCGGACGCCUGCUAGAAGAGAGCAUCCAGUCAGUCGCACCCUAGACAGGAGUCGCAAGAACAAGCGCAACACCACCACACGUAAAGUCUGGGCCACGUGCAGCGCAGCAAUCUUCCUACUUUCUGAGACGGCUGCGUUCUUCGAGGGCGAGAUUGUGAAGGGCUCAUGCGAUCACUUUCAGCAGUGGGUAGAAUCUCCAGCGCCGACAUACGACCCGGAAAAUUCAUUUAGCAGCGUCCACGAGGAUCCCGAAUCGAGAUCUCAACGAGACCCAGAGACACUGGCGUCUGGUCAUCGCACAUUCCUGGCCGCUCUGACAUAUUCAUUACUCUUGACGGAUGCUUCAUACACCAAAGAACUCCGCUCCCUCCUCGGCAACGUCGACAACCUCAUCGCCUUCUUCUCCCGCUUACUCGAAAUCCAACAAAAACUCGACCUCGAAGACCAAACCGAAGACUCGACGUCAUACACUGCCCAAGAAGAGCAGCGGAUCAGUCUCGAGCUCGAUCGGGCGAGGAAGAAGGUGGACAGCGAUCUCAAGUCUGUGGUCAAUCGUUUGAGGCAGCUGGAUCAUGAGAGGAUUGGGUCGAUGCGUUAUUUGGAUUUGAGGCCGGGGGAGAAGGGAGAUUUUGAGGUUUGGAAGGGGGGAGGUGUGGAUCGGUUGUUGAUGAAGUUGGAGUUUGGGAGUGACAGGCUUACACAACAAGACUCGCUGAUUCGUAUAUGA